CCAAUUUCAGACAGUAUCUUUUCAAUCGUCUCCCAGGCUGUGUUACAAGCGUGUUUCCUUUCGAAAAUGCGAAAAAUAAUUUCACUAGUUUUGCUACUGGCAUUAGCCCAACAGCCUUCUUUAGCCUGUGAUGGCACGGCUAGGCAGUCUAGUGGGGACGCCCGUGAGUGGUGGCAGUCGGCGCAGUUCUACCAAAUCUACCCGCGCUCCUUUAUGGACUCCAAUGGCGAUGGUAUUGGCGACCUUGCUGGUAUCACUUCGCGUUUAAACUAUUUGAAGGAUUUGAACGUUACUGCCGUUUGGCUCUCGCCCAUCUACACUUCACCAAUGGCCGAUUUUGGCUACGAUAUUGCUGACUUUUUCGAUAUACAACCGGAGUAUGGUACAUUAAAUGACUUCGACAACCUGGUGCAGGAGGCUAAUAAACUUGGACUGAAAGUAAUUUUGGAUUUCGUACCGAAUCACUCGAGUGAUGAGAACGAAUGGUUUAAGAAGUCCGUGCGCCGUGAACGUGGCUAUGAAGACUACUAUGUGUGGCACGAUGGCUAUAAAAAUGAAAGCGGUGCGCGUGUACCGCCGAGUAAUUGGCUCCAAGCUUUCCGUGGUUCCGCCUGGGAAUGGAACGAGGAACGUCAACAAUACUAUCUGCAUCAAUUUGCGGUCAAACAGCCCGACUUGAACUACCGGAACCCCGCCGUAGUCGCGCAAAUGAAGCGCGUUCUUACUUAUUGGCUGGAUCGCGGUGUUGCUGGUUUCCGUGUAGAUGCCGUACCUUGGUGCUUCGAGGUAUUGCCGGACGAGACUGGCCGUUACCCCGAUGAGCCGUUGAGUGGCUAUACCGAUGAUCCUGAUGAUUCCAGCUACCUAUUACAUAUAUACACCCAAGAUCUACCGGAAACCGUAGAUAUGGUUUAUCAAUGGCGCAAGCUGCUGGAUGAUUAUCAACGCAUUCAUGGCGGGGAUAGGCGUGUGCUGCUUACUGAGGCCUGGUCACCGCUAGAUUACGUAAUGAAAUUCUAUGGCAACCGCACGACAGAAGGCGCACAAAUGCCAUUCAAUUUCCAAUUCAUCGUUGGCGGUAAUUCAGAUAAGAACAAUACAGAUUUGCCAGCGUCUGGUUUCGUGAAGAUCAUCAGCAGUUGGUUGGACAAUAUGCCGAGCGGCCACACAGCCAAUUGGGUGAUGGGCAACCACGAUCAGCGGCGUGUGGGCAGCCGUUAUGGAGAGGGACGCAUUGACCUCAUGAAUAUGCUACAGAUGUUCCUACCGGGUGUUAGUAUAACUUAUAUGGGCGAAGAGAUUGGUAUGACCGAUUUGGACAUCUCUUGGGAAGAUAGUCGCGAUCCCGCUGCCUGCAAUUCAAAUGCGAAUAUUUACGAACAAUUCACACGUGAUCCCGCGCGUACGCCUUUCCAAUGGAGCAAUACGGCCAAUGCGGGUUUCUCCACCAACAGCACAACUUGGCUGCCCAUCAAUCCAAACUAUGUGACUGUGAAUGUGCAGACCGAGGAAGCCGCCUCGAAGAGUCAUCUGACAAUUUACAAUCAGCUGGUGGCGCUGCGCAAGACAAAAACGCUCCAGCAAGGCGAUGCCAGCUAUACAGCUAUUGGCGAUAAUGUUUUGGCCAUUAAGCGCUUCUUGAAAGAUGAAAAGACAUACCUUUUAUUGGCCAACGUGUUGGACUCGGCUGUCACCGCGGACGUUAGUGAUGUACUGCGCGUCAGUGGCAACUUCAACACUGUCAUAACAAAUAUGUUAUCGACCAGAAAAGAAGGUGACAUCGUGAGCGUCAAUAAUGUGCCGUUGGGGGCCUAUGAGGCGAUCAUAGUGGAAUCGAUGUAAAGUAACGUGCAGUAAGUGCGAGAAGUUGCGAAAAAUCAAGUAUUCUUUAAAUUAGUAUUAAACCAAAAAUUACUAUUUUAUUUUAAAAGUUAUAAAAUUAUAUAUUUAGAAAAUUUAUUUAAAACAAAAAAGAGUUUUUUUCAAUACCUCUCCAACUUGAAAUCAGCGGAACUUAACGAAUGCUUCUAAAAUAUAUUCAAACUGCAAGUCCUUUUAAUUCUUCAAAUAUUCGGCACCUACACAAAAUCAGAAGUUUGUACGGAAGUACUCACACCCACACACAUUUCAAUAUGUAAAUGUUUUUAUGUAAACACACAGGUAACUGGAAGUUUGUACUGGAGUUUUGCGAGCGCAUAAAGAAUGAUUGAUAACUCAGAAAACAAAUCACGCUUUGGCGGCGCAAGCACAGAAAGCAACCAGACUCAUUAUGCAAAAUUUUUAUUUAUGAGUUUGAAAACACGUGCUUACACAUUUGUGUGUAUGUAUAUACCCCUGUUUAUAAAUAUGUAUGUAACUGUGCCGUUAGAAAGUCUAUAAAUGCAGCUACACACAAUUUAUGCGCUCAAGCUUCUUCAAAAACUCGCGGGCGUCAGGGCGUAUGAGCACCUUGCCACCUUGUACAUAUUUUGAGCCGCGUGGAAAAUUUGUCUAUGGCGAAGUACAGUUACAAAUUCAGAUAAUGAGAGUGUAAACUUGUUUUCCUUUAUUUGUUUUAUUUUUCUUUUUUUUUAUACAUCUCUCCUUUCAAGUCUUUUGCUACAUAAAUAUUGUGAUCAUCUUCAUCAUCAGCGGCCAUAAUCAUUAUCGCUAUUGACAUGCACAUUUUCGGCAGCUGUUCACAGGGCAGGUCGCCGACUCUCAAAGCACUCACCAAGCAGUGGCUGCACAGUAAAUAUUAGUCGAGAAUAUUUCAGUGAAAGUAUCGACAGCGCGCGCUGCCAACGCGAAGUGCCUGGAUUUGACAAAAUUUUAAUCUGCCUUCGGUGUGGAACUGUGUUCAUAGCCGUGUCUUUCAUGUAAGAAGAAGCAAGCUCUUACUGUACUUUUGCUUA